AGUAGUUUAAGAGAUCAAAUCUGACGUCAUCUCAAUUCAGAAACUCUUGAAUCCUGGUCGUGGCUAGCCCCAGCACACCACAGGGUCUUUCUCUCUAUGCUGAGUAAAGUGGUACAGACACCCAGUGCAGCGACCUAUGGAGGCCCCAAUGCUGGACUCUGCUCAGGCAGAGCAUGGCUCACUUCUUCUCAGGCAGCUACAGAGGAUGAGAGCAUCUGAGGAGCUCACUGAUGUGGUGCUGCUAGCAGAAGGGAUUCCAUUUCCUUGCCACAAGGUGGUGCUGUCUGCAUUCAGUCCUUACUUUCAGGCCAUGUUUACAUGUGGUCUGAAGGAGACCCGGGGGGGAGAGGUGUCUCUCAGGGACACUCCUGCUCAGAGCCUGGAGCUGCUGCUGGAUUACAUGUACCGAGCUCAACUUCCACUUUCCAACGACAACAUCCAGGGAGUGGCUGCUGCUGCCUUUCUGCUCCAUGUAGAUGGAGCCUUCAGGUUGUGUCAGAGUCACAUGGAGGCCCGUAUGGACCCCUCCAACUGUGUUGGUCUGUACCACUGGGCCCGAGACCUGGGGGCCACUAGUCUGGCUGACUGCGCCUUGAGAUACCUCUGCCAACACUUUGCACAGGUUUGUGAGGAAGAAGAAGUGCUGGAGCUGGAUGCCCAUAGUCUUGGGGAUCUGCUGGGUUCAGAUGACCUCAACAUAUCACAGGAGCAGGUAGUCCUGGAGCUGGUGCUACGCUGGGUGGACAGGCGAAGGGGGGACUCGCAGAGUGAAGCCCAGGCUGUGGAGUUACUCAGACGUGUCCGGCUGGAGCUUGUGGACCCUGGAUUCCUCCGUAAAGCCAGGAGGAGAAACCCGGUACUGCUGCGGGAUGCUGAGUGCUUUGGAAUGAUUGAUGCUGCUCUCCAGACCUCAGGCCUGUGUGAGACGUCAGCUCCACCACGACCCCCCCUUCGUUAUGGCAUGGAGACCACCGACCUGCUGCUCUGCUUGGGUGGGGUGAAUAAGGAGGGAGUGCCUGCCCGUCGUGGAGGACUUGCUGACCUCAGUUUUUGCUUUGCCCCCCAUGGUAGAAAGACUUACUACAUCCCCUCUCCACUGAGGAGCUGUGGAGGCAUGGGACAGAUCACAGCAGGGGCAGUGACACGAGAUAACAACAUCUUGGUGGCCAUAGAGGCAGAAGAUCAACACAGGAUGAAGAGGGUGGAUAUUUACAGGUAUGAUAAUUCAGAGGAGAACAGCUGGGUGGAGCUGUGCUCAGCAGCAUACAGGGACAUGUAUGCUUUUGGGCUGUUAGGGGAUGGCCUCUAUAUGAUAGGCGGUCAGAUGAAAGAGCGUAAUCACUACAUCAUCACAAACAAUGUGGAGAGAUGGUCGCUGAAGAGAGGAGGCAGCUGGCUCAGCUUCGCCCCUCUGCCUCUCCCCUUAGCCUGUCACUGUGCCGUCAGCCUAAAGGAGCAUCUCUACGUGCUGGGGGGCUGGACACCGCAGCACCAGCCAGAUGAUGAGCCUGACAAGCUGAGUAAUCGUGUGUUUCAUUUUGACCCUGGCAAGGACAGGUGGACAGAGUGUGCCAGGAUGAAUUACUCAAGGUACCGCUGUGGCACGGCUGUCCUCAACGGAGAAAUCUACAUACUAGGUGGAAUAGGGUGUGAUGGAGAGGACCGUGGACAAUCACGUCGUUGUCUGAGCUCUGUGGAGAUCUAUAACCCAGACACAGACACCUGGAGGGUGGGACCUACCCUGCCCACAGCUCUACUCUCCCUCCGCACCAACUCCUCCAAUAUAGGAGUAGUGGAGGGCAAGCUCUACCUAUGUGGAUACUACAAGGGAGCAGGCCGUCAUGAGAUCAUCACCAAGGAGAUUUUGGAGUUGGAUCCUGCAGACAAUGUGUGGACGGUGGUGGAAAGACGAGCAGCCAUGCAUGACUGCUAUGACGUCUGUCUGGUGGCUAACCUCAAUCCUCGAGACCUCGUCACACCCUAAUUCAUCUCCUCCUGACUCUGAGCAACAAUGCCAGGAGCCAGGAUGUGUGGGAAACAAGCUCCUGUCUUUUAAACCUCAUACUGCUGGCUUGACUCCUGGACUUGUAUGUCAAGUAACCGUCAACAAAUCCUCAUACCCAAACAACAAAAUUGGUUAAUUUCUUUGAAAAUUACUCAUAUGACCUUUACACAAACUAUUUAUGUGAAAGCUUCCACCGCUGUGUUGGAGGUUUGGUUUAGUUUCUGCAAUUUUAAACCACUUGAAUAAGAGUAGGGAGAGACUGUGAUCAUGGCCAAAAGGAACCAGUGUUGUCGGUUGGUAAGAGACAGGAUGCAAACUGCAGUCAGUAGUGUCACACACUUCCUCUGCCAUUGCUUCUAACAAACAACAGUCAUUGAUUGCAUGACCACAAGAGGUUGAUUGUCACAAAGUAUAUAAUCGAGCGGUGUCAGACAGGCAGGAUGUGGUUUUAUGCCAAUUUUGACCACUAACGUUUUCCCCAAUAACUUUACGUUGGGUUUUUUAUGCGUUUAAAGUUGAAUGUAUUUUAUGGUAAACAGUUUUGUUAACAUUUACAAACUUUUUUUUGCACAAUAAAUAUUCAAAUAAGUUUCAAUAAGUGAGUGCAUCUUGCAAACCACCACAGACUUCAUACCGGUUCAAAGCAUCAGCUUCAGGUGCGGUGACAACCAGCACUGAGCUUUAGAGUGGCUGGGAGUCAGAUUUUGUUACCUUCGGACAGAGGCUAGUGGUUUCCCCUUGUUUCCUGUCUUUGUGCUAAGCUAAGCUAACCAUCUCCUGGUUCCAUCUUUCUAUUGAACAUUCAAAUAAGAGUGGUAUUGAUCUUCUUAUCUACCUCUCAGCAAGAAAGUAAAUAAGCAUAUUCCCCAAAAUGAAAAAGUUUUAUUUUAAGCAUUGGAACAAAUGGCAGAUGCUGUCAUUUCUGUGGUGAAGACAUUCUUGUAGCCAUAGCAGCCGUUUUACAAAACAGUAUAUUCAUAAAGAGUUACAAAUGUCUUUAUUAAUGGUCAGUAAACCAUGUUAAUGCUCUACAACUCUUUUAACUGUAUAAAUUGGUUAGUUUAUAGAUUGUUAUAGAUGUUUGACUGUAAAAAAAAAAGUAAACUGAACAGUAAUUACUUAUCAUCCUUUUAAAACCUUUUUUUUGAUUGGCAAAGCUUCAUUAAGUGUUAAGUUAUUAGCCAUAACAAAUGAUAAAUAUAAGUCUUAUUGUAUAGUUGUCCUGUAAUCUUAUGUCACUGUUUCAUUUUCUAUAUAGACUAUGUCAUAUGUGGGGUAAUAAACUGAUACCAGUCAAGUUGUCUUUCCAUAGAUCAACAACUUUUUUAAUGUUUAUUUAUUAUUUAUAUGAGGGUUUGAAAUAAAAUAA